AUGGCAGUAAAGCUAUCCAAAAUGCAGAAGAAGGUUAACUACGAUGCCAAACUCAGCAAGCUUCUCGAUCAUUACACACAGAUACUCGUAGUCGGUGCAGACAAUGUGGGAUCCAACCAGUUACAGUGCAUAAGACAAGGACUCAGAGGAGACUCCAUUGUUCUAAUGGGUAAGAACACCAUGAUGAAGAGAACCAUUCGUCUCCAUGCUCAGAAAACCAACAACAGCGAAAUCCUUAACCUAAUUCCUCUUCUCGUGGGAAAUGUGGGAUUGGUGUUUACGAAAGGAGAUCUUAAGGAAGUGAGCGAUGUUGUUGCUAAGUAUAAGGUUGCAGCACCUGCACGUGUUGGUCUCGUUGCACCAAUUGACGUCAUUGUUCCUCCAGGAAACACCGGAUUAGAUCCAUCGCAAACUUCAUUUUUCCAGGUUCUUAACAUUCCGACGAAGAUUAACAAAGGAACAGUGGAAAUUCUAACUCCGGUGGAGCUAAUUCAGAAGGGUGAGAAGGUGGGUUCAUCGGAAGCUGCUCUUCUCACAAAACUAGGAAGAAAACCCUUCUCGUAUGGUUUAAUUGUUCAUUCUGUUUAUGAAAACGGAUCAGUGUUCAGUCCAGAAGUUCUUUACCUCACAGAAGAUGAUCUCAUUGAAAAAUUCAGCACUGGACUUUCUCAAGUUGCUGCCUUUUCAUUGGGCAUUAACUACCCUUCCUUAGCUGCAGCUCCACAUAUGAUCAUCAAUGGUUACAAGAACUUGCUAUCUGUUGCUGUUGCUACUGAGUACUCUUUCAAACUUGCUGAGAAAGUCAAGGAGUAUUUGAAGGAUCCAAGCAAAUUUGUAACAGCAACAGCACCAAUUUCUGUUGCUAAAGAUUCAAGUGCACCAGCAGCUGCGGAAAAGGAGCAGAAGAAGGAAGAACCACAGGAGUCAUCUGAGGAGGAAGGUGGUUUAAUGGGGUUAUUUGAUUGAAGGCUAGUUUUUUAGGUAUUUAUCUGUGUUUAUUACUUAUUAAUUAGUUGUUCCCAUUUUAUUUGAACCUUGUAUCAAGAUUUA